CGGAUAUAUAUAAAUGUGGUUGUAAGAAUUCUUCACUCUUAUCAACUUCCACAGAGAGAGAGAGAGAGAGCGCUUCAAUGGCUACACUUGGCUUCAAUCCUACCAAAAUCAGAACCCAAACGUUUCAAUCUCACAAACUCAUCUCCAACAUCAUUUCUCUUUCAAAACCCACCAAAAUUCCAUUGAACCUCUCUCAAUUCUCCGCAAAUUCACCAACAACUCGCCUUUUUGGACACAGCUCUGUAUCCAAAAGCUCUGUUUCAGCACCUUUUGAAGCAGAGACGGUUGAUGAAGAAGAUGACCCAACUGCAGAGCUGAGCUAUCUGGACCCAGAAGUCGAUCCCGAGAGCAUUUCUGAGUGGGAAUUGGAUUUCUGCUCCAGACCCAUUCUUGAUAUCAGAGGGAAGAAGAUUUGGGAGCUUCUUGUAUGCGAUGAUUCAUUGUCUCUUCAAUUCACAAAGUACUUUCCUAACAAUGUCAUCAACAGUCUCACUUUGAAGGACGCUAUUGUAUCGAUUAGUGACGAAUUGGGUGUACCUUUGCCUGAUAAAGUUCGAUUCUUCAGGUCACAAAUGCAGACAAUCAUUAUGAAAGCAUGUAAAGAGCUUGGUAUAAAACCUGUUCCAAGUAAACGGUGUCUAUCACUACUUCUGUGGCUGGAGGAACGCUACGAAACUGUAUACAUGCGUCAUCCUGGUUUUCAGAAAGGUGCUAAACCACUUCUGGCACUAGAUAACCCUUUUCCGAUGGAACUUCCGGAGAAUUUGUUUGGCGAGAAAUGGGCCUUUGUCCAGUUACCCUUUUCAGGUAACCGAAAAACAAAAGACUCUUUAGAGACAAAAUUUGUCUUUGGUGCAAGUCUAGAUUUGGAUCUUUUGGGGAUUGAAAUUGAUGGCAAGACAAUGAUUCCUGGAUUGGCUGUUGCAUCUUCACGAGCUAAACCAUUAGCAGCUUGGAUGAAUGGAUUAGAAGUUUGUUCAAUUGAGGCAGACUUGACUCGAGCCUGCUUGAUUUUAUCUGUUGGAAUUUCUACACGGUAUGUUUAUGCUACCUACAAGAAAACACCUGUGACAACAAACGAAGCUGAAGCUUGGGAAGCGGUAAAGAAGGCUUGUGGAGGCUUGCAUUUCCUAGCGAUCCAAGACGAUUUGGAUUCAGAUGAUUGUGUUGGUUUUUGGCUUCUGCUAGACUUGCCACCUCCACCUGUGUAAUUAAUGUAAGUAAUAACAACACACCACCAUGUUUGCCCCAAUAGUUUUACUUCCCAAUUUGUGUUGUUUGCAGCCUACUUAGUUGCGAGAAUGUUUGUUAGCCUAUCUCUAUCUUUAUAAUUUUUUGUAAUACUAAAUUUUGGCUUACAAUUAUCAUUUCAAAGGCUUGGGUUGGAGAGUGGAGAA